UGAUGAAUUUGAUUUGAAUGAGGUUAAUUUGUGUGUGUAUUUUUACAGUAAUUUGUGUGGUAAAUUACCAACUGUAAAGUGUAAAGUGAGGUUAACUUCAUAGGGAGCAAAUAUAAUAACCGAAUCCAUAUACAAAUUAACUUUAAGUAGAAUAUCUCAACUUAAUUUCAUUAAAAUAAUGUUUGUUUCUUAUUAGUUACUUAAUAUUUGUUUGAAAAAAUAGGUUAUCCAAUGGAAUCAAGGUCCUCUAAACUAGUUAGAUUUGGUCUUCAAAUAUACAACCAAUCUUGUAGAAGAAUUCAUCAAACAGUUACGCUUAACAUAAAUCCCAAUAAUGUGAAAGAGGUACAGAUUCCUGUUCCAUGGGGCCACAUUGCAGGCAAGUGGUGGGGAGACACCAGCAAGCAGCCAAUCCUAGCUUUACAUGGGUGGCAGGACAACGCAGGCACGUUUGAUCCUCUGCUGGAGUUGCUACCUGAAUCCUUCUCAGUCCUGGCAGUUGAUGAUCCAGGACACGGGCUGUCCUCUCACUUUCCUGAGGGAAUGUUGUAUAACUUUGCAAACUAUCUAAUAAUGUGCAAAAGAAUACAAAAAUAUUAUAAUUGGACUGAUCCCAUGAACAUUCUAGCGCACUCCAAGGGUGCUGUAAUUGGAGUUGUAUUCUCGGCUAUCUAUCCUGAAAGUGUGAAUGCCCUUGUUGCGAUCGAUGUGAUUAAACCGCUAGCUCCAAGCAAAAAGUUCUACUCAAAACUUGGAGACAACAUUGAUUCGACCAUAAUCAAGAUGACAAGAAGUGCUGAGAAAAAUAAAAUGUACUCUUUAGAGGAGAUUGAGAAACGCUGGAUUGCCGGGACAAAAGGAUCAUUGACAAGUGAGGCGGUUAAAAUUCUUCUAAAAAGGGGAGCACAGUUAGACCCAGUGUCAGGAAAAUACUCUCUCACUCGUGACCCUAGGGUGAAGAUUUGGAAUUUGUCAUAUUUUGACGAACGACAGUCGUUAGCAAUUGCUUCCAAUGUCAAGUGUCAUUUGUUAGCGAUAAGAUUCACAGACGGAAAGUUUUUUGAUGCUCCUUUAAAAGAUUCACCGAGUUAUUUGAAAACUAUUGAAAACGAUGCAAAAUCAUUCAAACUAGUCACCAUAGAAGGCACACAUCAUAACCACCUGAACAACGCAAAAUCGGUAGAACCAGUCAUUACAGAGUUUCUUGAAAGAGUAAUGAAUGAAAAACCUAGUUGAAAGACCAAAACAAAUCACUGACUGUGAUAACUAGAAAUAAGUCCAUAACUAUGAUAUAAAAAAUCAACCAAAACUAAAAUAUGUUUGAACCAUAACAACUGUGAUUGGCAGUAAAGUAUUAUCUGUGAUAUGUAAUAUUAGUUUACUUUUAGCGAAUUUCACUUAUAAGGAAUAAGCUAUUACCGUAGGUCUCAUGGUAAGACCUGUACCUGAGACCGAUUUACUUUUUUCGUUUUGAGGUCCCCAGAUGCUAAAAACACCAGCCAUUAAAAUUCAUAUAUGUAUAGACCUAAGUUAUAUAGGCCUAUUUAUAUAUUUGUCCGUUAGCACAAUCACUCGAGCAAAAAUUAUCCAAUUUUUAUGAAAUUUGGUAUAAACAUGCAAACCUACAUUUAUUCGAACGAGUUUGCAAACCAGCAUGAUCGGACUAUGGGAACAGGGGUUUAUGGGGGUAAAAAUGGGUUUUUCCCAUUUUUGACCCUAAAAACAAUUGCAAUUUAUAAGAAAUUGCAAUUUCUUUCUAAACUACUUUGUAGAGCUCAAAAAACAAAUAAAUAAGUAUAUAUUAAAUCAUUGCCAUGCACUAUUAAUAAUUAAGGUAAAAAUUCCAAAAAACUAAAUUUUUAAAUUCCCAUGUUAUUCUUAUUAACAAUACAUUUGAGUGUUGAGCAAGUUCAGACGCAUGAUCGCAACGUGGUGGCUCAUGAUUUCAAGUCCAGACCAAUUUUUGUCAAAUUGCCGCUCAGAUGAGUCAUGCUACAGUUUUAAAGUAUAUUCAGUAUAUUCAAGUAUAUUCAGUUUUCAGUAUAUUCAAACAACCUAUCACCGUCUUACCUAAGCUACAGAAUUAGAUGGUGGUGUUUCUCAUAAACUAUUCUGCCUCUUUUUUAUUGGCUCUACCCACACUGUCUCCUAUGCUUCUAAUUUAUAAAAACUAAUUUUUUUCUUUAACAGACAGUAAUCAGAUAAUAAAUAACUUAUUUUCUAUAUGGGAAAUCCGCUAAAAUAGAUGCAAUUUGUCCUGUGUGUAAGGCUCAUUUGAAUUUUUAGGUAACAUCAGGGUAAAAAUAAUCAGCACCAAUCUUAGAGUUUUGUAAAAUUUGCCAUUUGUCUCAGUAUUUAGUUUUAUGACAAAUCCUCAUAUUUUUUUAGUGGUUUUGUUGUUAUAUUUGGUCAUUGUGUAUCUUAUUUAAAAGCAGGCUCAUUAUGUCUUAUCUUUUUUUUUUACUAAUAAAGCACAAAGAGCUUGUAAAACUAGUUAAAAAUAUUAAGUUGUUAUGCAAUCAAAUUGUAAUUAGCUUUAUUAAAUUCUAAAUUAUAUCAAAGUUAUUUUUA